UACUGGGAGCCCGUGCACGGCCCGUCGCCUGAGACCCGUCCCCUCCUCCGCAGAACUCACCCGUGGAAGGGGUUGCAGCCCACCAUCCGUCCCGCUACCCUCACUUCCCGGCUCGAGAAGUCGUUUCGCGGCCACAGUGUGCACAUCCCCUUUGGACCCCGGGUGUAUGUGUAUGUGCGCACCACCGGGUGGCAACCUGUUACUUGGACCCUAACACGAGCGCGAUGAAGACUUUGUGAACUGUGCCGUAACUCGCCACGACUAUCGGCUCCACGGAUUGUAAGCUGCGGGUGCUACAGGACAGCACUGUGAACUUUGUGCAACGAUCUUCCAACGAGAAAGGAAACAGGCUGGGAUGUUUGGUUGUUGCAAAUUUGUUCAGACAAAAACAAAAAAGAAUACUUGCCGCUAGUGUCGCGAGAAGGAGGCCCACUGACUCCUACGCAGUUCUUCUAAAUUUCUGCCGAACUUCGGACACACUAAUCGAGACCUCGUUGCCAUUCCCAGUGCAAGCUCAAUCGAACCUGUAAUAGCUGUGUGCGGAUCGUGAACUACUGUUCUGUUGUUAGCGCAUCGGCUGUAUAAGAAACGUUCUGUGGGUUUGCCAUUCCUCCACGUUCGUCGAUCCGCGAACUUAACGGAAGGAGCUCAGCAGGGAACGUUGUGCAAUCUCAAGUUGUGGUACAGUCUGUUAUUUUUUUUUCUUCGUUUUUCGCGUAUCCUGGACAGAGCGAACGUUUUGUAAAAUAACUAAGGGGAAACGCUGCUCCUUAAGAAAACAAGGGGCAGAGAGAGAAAAAAAAGAACAACAAGGCUAUUUCAGGCGGCGAACUGAGCACUGGGCGGAUCGCACGUUUUGUGGUAACUCGCUUCCGGCGGCGGGCACCCAAGUGAGCUGUCCUCCCCGAGGAGCGCAAUCGUCCCAGCGGCGGCGAACUCCGAUGGCGGGCAGGCCGGACGACCGGCUGACAGCGACCCCCGUCUGAUGCCGACGCCGUAGUGCCAUGGAACGUGGGCGCCGCAUCUUCGGAAUCAUGGGCAAACGGGCCAGCAAGCUCACCAAGGACGAGAUCCGGGAACUCGAGGAGUCCACCUACUUUGACGCAAAGCAGCUACGAAAAUGGCACCAGGAAUUCUUAAAGGACUGUCCAAGUGGCUUCAUGACCAAGUCGGAGUUCCGAAAAAUAUACGGGCAGUUCUUUCCGUGCGGAGAUCCCACCAAGUUCGUCGAUUAUAUCUUCAACGUAUUCGACGAAGACAAGAAUGGCGUUAUCACCUUCAAGGAGUUCAUCCGAGCCAUUUCCAUCACAACAAAAGGCAACAUCGACGAAAAACUCAAUUGGGCCUUCAACCUGUACGACCUGGACAACGACGGGUUCGUGACGCGGUCCGAGAUGCUGGACAUCGUGACGGCCAUCUACGUGCUGCACGGCAAGGCGGGACCCGCCGACUCGGAGGCCGCCGGCGCGGAUAACCCGCGCAAGAGGGUCGACCAGCUCUUCGCAAAACUGGACACCGACGCUGACGCCCGCAUCAGCCGCGAGGAGUUCUGCGAGGGUUUCAAGACGGACCCCUGGAUCCGGCGCGCCCUGCUCAACGCCGUCUCCAUGCCGGACCAGCCCAAGAGCCUGCGCAGCUUCUCGACCGCCUCCUCUGAAUGACCCGCCACGGUGGCUCGUCCGCCUCCGCAUGGCGGGCCGGGGUCCCGAUCGGCCGUCCCGGCUGCGCACGGCCACCGCGGCUGCGACCGGCGUAGACAGCGCCGAGUCUGGCCCAGCGCCCAGCACGUGGUCGCGGCCUCGGCACAACACCACCGGCGUACGGCAGCGGGCUCUGCGUCUGCCGGCGCCGGCGACCAGGAGCGCCGAGGAAGCACUGCCGCGCCGUCGGGUUUGGCCGCUACUGUUGCGGCGGGACCCGGUCGCUGCGGGGGAUUCACCCGCUCUUCGGCCACGUCUUUCUCGUCGGGCCGCGGAUCCCUCUGCAGCGGUGACGGAACAGCCGCAUUCGAAAGGGGUCUCGAGAUACGGCGCGCUUCGUCGUCGGCGUCCAGCCACCGGCUGCUGGCGGCCCCUGCAUCGUGCGCGCGGCGGCCCCGCGUUUCGUGGUCGCCGGAGACAUGGACGCAGCAGCCGGACGUGCCACCUGUCACGCGCAAGCUCUCCCUCAACCCGAAGCUGGUGUUUGUGCGAAGCGCCGAAGACGAGGCCUCUCGGCGGAGGCGGCGGCGCAGCCACUCGGCUGCCAAGGCACUGUCGUACGCCGGCACAGAUGGGUGCCCCAACUUCGGGGCACCCCUUCUUCGAUACCCGUAGGUGCUAGCGCCGCGGCAAAUUGGUCUGAGACUGUCUUCUUCGUCGCCGCCGGAUCAAAGACAUAAAAAAAUCUUCCGUAAGGAUCAACGGUUUCGAUACUGUUCAGCCCACUAUUAUCGAAUUUAUCGGCUAUCAAGUAUAAAUCAAUAUUAUUGCGUGCUUAGAGCAUUGGGAAAAGACACAUGAGUAACAUGUCGCAGGCAUGGUGGUGUACUUUCCUCCGGUGUGUCCCGGCGGCUUCACAGGCUAUGCAGGACGUGGCAGCGACGCUCUCUUUGCUGCCGGUUCAACGAGAAGGCCGCGAACGAACUGGAAUAUCGCUGGCAUACCUAGCUGAAUUUCCGAAUUGGAAGACACGAAAAGCAACGAACAUUUUUGACAUUCCCGGGGCGGUUUAUUGCUUAGUUCGCACCCAUUGACUUAAAUGUAAGCAAGGUUACAGCAGUGAGUGGUACCAACAGACAUCACAGCACCACCGAGAUAUCGAGUUGGUGUUUGAUAUCAGUACCUUCUCAGGGAUCAAAUAACUCUGACAACAAUAAACGUCAGAAGGACCAUUGAAAGCAAAACAUUAGUCUCAGACCAACAUGUCGCGCGGCCAGCAGCGCAAGAGGACUCGUUGUGCGCUGUUUGUGUUUGCACGCUGUAGUGAGCCCAAAUCGCAUCGACCAAGCCUCGUCACCUGUGUACUGUACGGCAGCCAAGCGAUGCCUUUCGGCUUGUACGGAUAGAAAAGUGAAAGGGAUACGAAUAUGAGAUGGCCAGUGGCCCCUCUUGUCGACUUGAAGAUGUGGGAACGCAGCUCUUUGACAUGCCUGGAUUGUCGCACUAUCUGCAGCAGACAGCGCUAUCAGCCCUGCUUUUGCCGGGAACGGCAUGACGGAGCCUACCAAUGAAACCUUCGAGGUUAAUACCUUCGUGUGUUGCGCUGGUUGCCUUAGCGACAUCGCGAACUACGGAUGGGCUCUAAUUGCGAACAGGCAAUCCGACCUUAUCAAAUGCUACUAAUUGCACGCGAUGUAUGCUGUGGAGUGCAGAUGUCUAUCGGUUAGAUAGGUUCGCAUGCAAAGAGUGCCGGACGAAGACGAGCUCGAGGCCUGGUGAGGAGGAUGAGUGAUGGAGUAAGGAGCGCUUGCUCAGUCAAGCGCAUCACCUAUUCGCAUUGAUUCCCAAAGGCUGCGACUCCUGUCUUCGCUCAGUGUAGCUAGCUAGGUCACGUCUAACUGUUGCCCGCAUAGAAGCAUUUUCAGGGUUCAGCACAUAAUCAAUUCGUGUUGGGCAUCUACAAUGACAGCUACUAUAUGAAACAACUUGAUAGCAAUAAAUCAAUGUUAAAUACAGAUGAAGUAAAUAUGAGCUUGGUGGCUGCGAACGUAUACUUUCCUGCGACAAACGUGCUUAUAAAUGUGAACAUUUCCGGGCCAAAAAAUUCAAAAUUCACGCACGCUCUAUGCUCGACCAAGCGCAACGCAUCGGUUGGCUUGAAUUCGACAUGAAAACUGUUGCAUUUUCACACUUCAAAUUCAAGGUGCUGUCAUCAGCAAAUGGCUAUGUUGAUUUUUCUAUGUUGAUGUUCCUGUUGGAGAAUGCAGUUUUUGUUUUUAUUUUACAUGAUAACAAUCAAGUCACAUGCCCACUCGGGUUGUAAAAUCGGUAGUGACCUUUAAGGAUACCUGAUGCUUGAUUCAUGUUUGGAUAUGCAUAAUAGCAUCUAAAACUGAAAAGCAAUAUCAUAGAACGCGAUGCACCACAGGCAUAGCUAUAUCAUGCGGCGCCAAACCAAAUAGCCUCUUUCCAGGAAGGCGUGCUCUGACAGACGAAAUAUCAAGCCGAUAGUGCUUCUUCGCAUCUAGAAUAUUAAACUGGCGUGAAUGGAAGAGAUGCUUGAAGCAAUUUUUGUUGCCUUUGCAGCAUUAUGUGAUCCUCCCACAAAUACAGCGCCUCUCUCUGUUACUUGUAGCACAUUGGAUAACCCCUGGGGAUUCUCGAGCUUUAGCUUAUACACGUGUAUUCAGCCCCCAUCAUAGACCUUAAGGUGCACUCUUGGUUGUGACUUUUUCAUGGCGUGUACCGAAACAGCCAAGGAAAUCAUUCACUUAGGUGCGUUUAUUCAUUUUUCUGAAUAUGUCUACUGGCCUAUAAUAUUUCCCACGCUCUUCAACACGGACUGGUCGCAUAAAAUUCUGGACAGCGCUAUAAGUCUGCAGUGGAGGAACUUAAAGAUUUUCGUUAGGUAGGAUAAUAUACACUCACACUAUCUUCUCGUAAAUUAUACAUUUCUUUUCUUGUUCAGCCGUUAUACUGGUCUGCGAAACUGGAUAUACGUUUCCAUACAGCAGAGCUGUAUCGCAGAUAAGGAAUAAUAAUACAGACGCGAACUCUAAGUAAACCGAUGAUCUCUUGCUUUAGCAUUUAUUGAUGCAUGCAGCUUCUAUAUGCUUACAUCUGAAUCACAUAAACGACGAUAGAAACCUAUACGUGUCUAAGAACGCUACCUAUGAGGUUAAGGCGGAGCGAGAGGACAACACGACAGGCAUAGCGAACACCAAAAGGGAAACUAGAGUGGGCAGGUUGACAGAAACGUUGAGCCAGGAUGGCAGAGUCACCACAGCGCUCUCUCUCUCUCUCUGCUGUCACGCCAUGACGGUGGAGUUGAAUAGCUCGCAGACACGAGUGAAUGGCGCCUGCACUCCGAAAACAAGUUGUACAGCACACUACGGCCUGCAAAUAAACGACCAGGAAACGCGAUUUUCUUGCCUUGCCAUUGUCAGUCGGCUUGAAAUCGCCUCGUUGCUGUCUGAUCUCGAGGUCUUUCCUGCGCCAGUAGCGCUUCUAAGCAGCACGAGUCGACGCUGUGUAUCUAUCUCUCUCUCGCUAAGUGAACUCUUUAGAUGCGCUUAGCGCCAUCUAAACUCACGCCGCUAUAGCUACCUUACUCAAAGCUUAUAAAUACACUCGUGUGUCGAGCUGUCGAGUAAAUACAACGCUGCUGCACUCUUUCCUAAGCUGCGUGUCUUAACUAUACCUCCUACAUUCCGUGAUUUAAAAAAAAUGUAUAAGCACCGCGAGCGAGAGAGUCUGCGCGUCUUCCCAAGUACCGCACACGUACCCGCGAGCGCGCACACAACCAGCAUUUUCGCGUCACGCCUUCCUCUCGCUACGCUUCCACACUGCACUGGAGAGGAGGUGGCUCACGCUCACCGCUCGCCUGUCGCUCAACUGUUUGACGGUAUGUGAAUGUCCCCCAUCUUUACUGCCCCUACUGCGAACGCGUGCCUCAGCCCUGCAGAAGCUGCGCUUUCGAUGUUCGAGUCGUGUCCGUGUCUAUAGAUAGGGUUCGGGUGGUAAAACACGCGCUGGCUAAAGAGACGGUAGAACAUGCGCGCUGUGCGCGCGUUUUUUACCCUCUCUCUUCUUGGAGUAAACAUUGGAAUCAGAAGUGGUCGAAACGCAAACCCUGUGACGCUCCACAGAGCGACGUGUGCCGUAAAUAAAUGGACUGCCGUAGUUGCGCGCAGCCCAAGCACGAACACACUGUAGCGCUGGGCACAGCGCGCCGCUCUCAUUGCGCACUGCAGCGUACUGACGCAUGUGGUUCUCAGCACAGUGUUUCAGUUUCUUGUGGUACCUCUUCUGACUAGAACGCAUGUUGUCGUUCUUAGCUGGAAUGUAAACCGAACGACUGCCAGGUCAACCUAAACCAUCUUACCUUACGAGCAACGUAUUGCCUGUAUUUCUCUGUGGUGUUUGAGGAAAGGGUAUGUUUAUUUUCUGACAGUCUAAAUAUAAACUGCAAUACUUGCCGAAGUACAGCUUCAGUGGAUGGCAUGCUUAUUUACUGCGCCAACUGAAGGUCUUGAAGCGUUCGUGUUAUUUGAAUACUAAUAACCUUUCUGAAAUGCGAACGGCUAAUUUACGGUGAACCGCAAUUUCGCGCAUUCUGUCUGAACUUGCAGUGCUUUCAGUUUACACUAUUGAUAUCUCUACGUAGCUGUUGAAUCAACUAUUGUAAUAGCUUUUGCAAAAUGCAUGUAAAAGGAAACAGAGCGAUCAUCCCGCUUUGUUUUCAUGUCCCCUCGGAAUGUGUACAUUUGCAGGAAUAUGAGAAAGUUACAAAGUAAUGAGUUAGAUAUUGAUUUAGAAGUUGUCAUAAAACAAAUGUUAACGCCAAAUGAAAAUAGUGAAAUAUAGCGUUGGAUAUCAAAUCACACGCACAUAAAAAAAAGCGGCGAGCUCAUUACUGUAACAACUUCUGUAACUAUACAAACACGCCGGUAAAUUAGGACGGCAUAGCUACUGUGGUGAGCAGGAACUACGACCAUCUGGGCCAUGUAUAUGUCGCAAUUAAUGUCACUAGCUUAUUAUGAAAGCGUGAGAUAUUACAAGACUUGGGGAAGUCUUUCAUGUAUAAGUGAAGAUUACAUGCCACAUUAGUAAUAUCUUCUCGUUUCCUCUAUACCUGCUUGACUUCUGCAUGAUAACAAUAUACCAGGGCCUUGACGUCCACAGAAUGAGAUAAUACCAACGUUAAAUUAACAUCGUGCAUCCUCGCUGACUUGAUAUUGUUGUGUUGAGUGCCCCUUAAACAUCCUCGAAGGUGCUUUAAGCAGUUACGUGUGCCUGACGUCACGCAAUUGAACAGUACGUUCGAAGGACAAAUCACGAAUGUUUCAGGAGAGCUAUCACAAAGUAGAGGUAGAAAAGCUUCCCCUUGUCCUGGCGUCAAUCCAUGUGGCAGGCCGGCAAGGUGCAGGGCAUCAUUUCGUCUCGAUUACAGCUACGUUCUCAGACAGCACUGGUGAGCACACUCAGGAGUUGCAAUUUUGCGUUUGAGGCACCUUCCUAGGGAAGAUGGCAACGACUUGAACUCAAUAUGGCUCUCUUGCACGUCUCUUCAAUAACAAAUAUUCAACCUUUCAAGAACUAGCAAUAUCAACUGAACGAAAUGCUAUAAUAUUUCUUUAGGUGAAACAAAGCAGCUUAUCUAAAGGCAACAUUGCCAUCAAGUUUCACACUAACUUACAUCAAGUUUAUUUUAUCUUUGGUAGAUGCUACUGCUGAGGUUCAGAACAAUUUUAGCACAUUUAAGGCUAUCAUUAUCACAUGAAUCACGCAAAGAUCAGGGCACUUUAUUCAUUCAGAAUACGCGCAAUGAACGAUUUAGAUGCAUUUGCAUAAAUGCUGCAGUUUAUGACUCCUUCAGCUUUCACGUGCAUUCUCCCAGCUAUUCUACGAACGUGCAGGUUUGGUAGGCAUGUGGAAGCAAUAGAGCAUCAUCUAUAAAAGAAGCGCAGUUCUUGCUCAAUUUCAUGUCACGUGACGCUCACAUGAUGCGCGUGACCGUUGUACCAAUCAACGAUGCGCUGUGAGGCAUCGCACAAACACCACUUAUCAUGUGGCGGAGUUCGGAACGUGAAAUAUCUCCGGUAAUUUGUAGUAUUUGACGCGCUGUAAAUACGGCUUUUUUUCGUGUUCUGAAAUGACAACUAUCUAAUGUGAAAGCGAGUAAUGUACAAGAAAGAAACGUUGCUAGCGCUUUUGACCCAAUUCUAGCUGCUCGAAGGUUAAGGUAGUGAAGAGAUGCUUUCAAUUACGCAACGGCGAAAUGAACAAACUCAAAAGAGGUACAAGAAAGAAACCUUGCUAGCGCUUUUAACACGAUUAUAGAUGCUCGAAGGUUAAUGUAGUGAAGGGGCGCUUUCAAAGGCGCAACGGCGAAAUAAGCACAAUGACUCAAAAGAAGUGUAUCGUGAUAGAACCAUGGAGCAAUACAUAGCGAGGCCUCUGUGUAGACAGCCGUAUCGUGUAAAGAGCUGCUGCGCUUGGUGUGUACAAUGACAUUGGCAGGUGAUACACAUUUUGUUGCCUAUAGUCACAAAUAAUACAGCAAGAUCCUACUUCUGGCAAAAAUACUAGCUAGAAAAAUAUUUGACCCGUUCUGCGUGUUUUACCGCAUUAUUUGGCUGCUGCCCUUUCGCUGAGAUAUUUAACGCUUUCAUAAGAGAUACCGUCACAAUACUUUGCUACCUCAAAACAAAUGAACACGCGAAGAGAUAAUCCAACAGAAAAUGACUGCAUGGCGCCCAAAUUGCACUCAAAAGAAGCACAAAACAUUUGAAAAAUAUUUAUCAUUUAUCUUUUUCAAGAGAAAAGAUAAGGUUACAGCCCUCAUUCCGCGACAGCAUUACGAUGAGCGCAAAAUAAACAGAAAAUUCGAUGUGCAUAUUUUAUACCAGAAUAUUCCGGUUGCGGUGCAUUCAAUGAAGCUGAUCGCAUGCGAUAAGCUGCUGUGCCUCGUACACUUGCGGGCCAUCCAAUGUUCUCGUUCAUGGAGGUUCUUUUUUCACCUUUGCUGCGUGCGCGUAAGAACGCCAUCGCUAAGCUUCCAUGCCGAAAGCAGCUGGCCGUGAAUGAUCACCCACAACGAAAGGAUGACAGCGGAGUGAAUAUCUUUGCUGACACAGGUGCCUACUGUAAGGUACUCGUACACGAAACUUGCUGCUUACGCCACUGCGGUAUGCGCCAGCGGCAAUGAGUGGGUAAUUGUGAACGAACAAGAGAAGGCGUCCGCCUGGACCAACAGUUGCGACAAGGAGACGAAGUCCUUAUGUCGUAACAUUGGCUUCGGUCCGAUACUUUCCUGCCUCGCCCACGAGUGAUUAUUUCAAGUUUACAUCUUGCUGUCAACGGUUCGUGUUGUUUAGCGGUGAAUGGGAAGUUUCAGAACGAAACGUUAUAUAAGGGACAUUCAGGCUCCUAAGCGUAAUCAGUCCGUCGAUACAGUGUUGCGAUGGGAAAGUCCCCACACGAAUACCCAGCAUCUGUCGCGAUGGUCACUACACCACCAUGCAAAUGAGGACGAUAGGCUUUUGCGAAAAUUUCAUUGGGUCGCUGUUCACUCACCUAGUUUACGGCAACGCCUGCCUAAAGUUAUUAAAGCAUACGGAAAAUAGCUAUUACAAAAUAACGUUAAUUUGCGAUGUAUUAGUGGUGCAACCUCAAGCGUCUACUAUUUUUUGAGACGACGAAAAAGAAAUAGCAUUGUAAUAUAUUUCCUGAUAAGGAGGAAUAAAGCAGCGAUGCAGCCAGCGCGUCUUCUUUUUUUCUUUCAUCUGCAUUCCGUUAGGGCCCACUGCUGUGCUUGUUGCUGUUGGCACUCACUUCACUCCUUGAAUGAAUCAAUCAGUCAACAAAAUCAACCGAAAAUGAGCUUUAUUUAAACAAUUAAAGGAUUGCAUACAAAAAUUGUUGGCCUAUGUGGCUAGUACCUGGUCCAAUACAGAAAUAACACAUAUAGGUCAACCACGUACAUAUUUGCUUAGUGAGUAAGAGCAUUGCUUACAUGCACAAGUAUUUUUUCUAAAGGAGGAGUUAUAACGUUUGACUAGAGAAGAAGAAGCGUUUACAUGCAAGGUCAAAGUUUCUGGUUACAUUUAUUUCCGCAGGCACAGUGUUAAAUUUAUCGCGCCAAAACACUCCAAUAAUCAAUCACCGUAGACAUUGCUGGAAUAAGGUUUAAGUUAAACUUAAUUACUUGUUAAAGUUAUAUGCGCCUUGUAUGUGCCGAAUUCAUUCCCUCUGAAUAGUGCACGGGUAAUAUAACUACCGCAGUAAAUUCACCAUGUUAGCACCAUAUCACUGGAGCUGCAAUUAAUUCAUUCAAAUGCUUUUAUCCGAACGUCGGGAAUGACACUUAAGGGGCCCGAACCACGCUCUCUCUACAAAACUUUACUGCGAAAUGUGCUUCUUUCGAUUCAACAUCAGACAUUGUCUUCUUUAAAUUUAUAGCCACCGAGGUGAAGUUUAAGGGCAGAGUGAUAUUUGCGAGGCCACUAGUGAAACUCAUGCGGCGUAUGAACUAUUUGUGCUCGCAAAAUAAAAGCGGCCUUUUAAGUGCUGCCUGGCCUGGUGUCAAAAUGAAACAAAUAAAAACAAAAAACGAGAAAAAACAAACAUUGUCGGUGUUGACACGCAACUUUCUAGCGCACUUUCUGUGCUUUUAGGGAGGAAACCUACUUGAAACGGCGCAAAACUUGCCUAGUUGGUGCCUGCCAUAGUAUGCACUUCCUCUUGCUCGAAAACACAAUCACGAAGAAAAAUAACACAAGCGUAGACACCAAUAGACCAGAGAUGUAUAGCGUUGAGUUUGUGUGUGUGUAUCAUUGUGGAAGGCAAAACACCACACACACAAAAACAAGGACAGAAGCAGAGACCACUCCAGAACCCCGACAUAAAUUCAUGUCAGCGCAGCCUUUGACCGGUGUUUAUAUGUUUUUCUCGUCGUGGUUGGGUCAUCACCCUGCGUUAAUUACGUCAUUUUUCGGAAAAUCCUUGUUUUUAGGAAAGGUAGAGUCAGUGUAUGCUGAAAAAAUUUUAAAUUCUACUACAAGAUACAAAUAGUAAACGGCGCUGCUCGGAUUGGUAUAAGAUAUUCUGAUGCACCGCUGUAUGAUAUCUGUGUGUAAAAGUAAAGUUCAAAGUUUAUGUCAGUUAAUAUGCACAUCAUAUGCUCGUGGCAAUAUGCACAUCAAAAAUACAUCCGUUGGACAGUGAUAACAGAUUAGCGUUAACUUGAGACUUCAGAUACAAGUUAUCAGUUGUCGCUAAGUGCUGUGUCGGAAUAACACACUUCGAAUGUGAACAACAAAGAAACAUGCACAAACACACGCACGCCUACAUUAGAUAAGUGCAUACAUGCCUACAUACAUACAUACAUACAUACAUACAUACAUACAUACAUACAUACAUACAUACAUACAUACAUACAUACAUACAUACAUACAUACAUACAUACAUACAUACAUACAUACAUACAUACAUACAUACAUACAACCAGCAUAUACAACAAUGAUAUUCUCCCCCAGCGUAAGCCGUGAACUAAAGACAGGAAAAACGAGAAGUCAUUCAUCGUUGCAGCGACUCCAAUGAACAUUGCCUGGACGACGCAUAAUGUUUUUAAUCGCCUUUCUCUCUUAUUAGACAUGACUGUACGUUACACAGCAUAGUACAGUAUUGUGCUCUUUGUGAAAUUUGAGAAAAGGAGAAAACAACAACCUGAAUUGAAAAUGUUAUUGCACUUGCAUGCACUGUAUAUAUGCAUGUAAUACAUAUACACAGAGUCGCACACGGAGACAACGUUUCGGUACGGGAUCUGCCAGUUGGCUUGAACACAGGGUUUUGCUUUUUCGUUGACAGCACACAGAGCAAAGAAGGCAAGGAUCCUUGCACAAUGGGUUAUCAAUGAAAAGACUUGCGACACUAUACGUAGUAAAGUAACGCGAUAAAUGUAGGUGCGUGUAAAGCAAAUAUAUCUUCUGAUGCUCCUUAUUACCCACAUCUGUAUCUCACAAAGUGCUAAGAACCCUCUAAAAAACUCUUUGAAUAACUACACCUCUGAAAUCUUUGUCGUCCAAGUCCCAAGUGUGCAUGCGCCGCAUGGCACGUGGUGGAUAGCAGCAAAAUAAGCUCACCUUUACCAAAUUCGUUUUCUAAUUGCAACCUCGCGUAAAGUAAUAACUGAUAAUCGCCACGAUAAAACUUACGCACCAGCAAAAAUAUAUUCCAGUUGGCAGCCCUCCCCCAUGAGGGGGUCUCGGAGUCACUCCUCAGGACCUAAAAUAAGGUACAUUGUCUGUCUGUCUGGCAGCUCUCGAGAUCUUCUAUGAGGUACGUUACGUGGCAUUUAAAUCAGACGACAUCAUUCACUACCAAGCGAAAACUUGUUCAUUAUUUGUAAUCCACAUCAAGUGCUGCCGAGUCAUCGCAUGUCAACUGAGCAGGAAAGGAAACAAGACAUUUAUUUGCCUAAACACCAACAAAAUUAUAUGCGCUGCUACAUAUAAACAUGCCAGCAUGAUUUUCCAGUGACAACGUGAGCAAACUACUCUUUAGAAAAAGAUCCACUGCGAAACAUGUCUGUACCAACUCGAUUACCAUUAAAGAUCGCAAAAGAUCGCGGGGACUUUAGCCGUUCGCACAGGGUGUUAGUUUUCGUGUGCACUUGAAAAGCCGGAUGGACGCAAGAUACUUUCCUGCCAUCCAGCCGUGAUCAUUUCAGCCUUCUAUUUCCUCUUCGUCGCCUGAACUACCGGAUGCCUUCUCUUAGAUCUGUGCGCGCAACUGUCUCUUAUCUCUUGAUCGCCGCAACCGACAGGCUUGUAAUCUGUCACGCGUACGGUGUAUUCAAUACGUGUCGCAACUGCUGCACCUAGAAUCACUGCUGCAUGUGCUAUUGUACUACGUAGGCUGCACGAUAGGCACCAGAAGCAGAAAUCACGGGCGUGUAGAUGUGGUAGAGGCUGGUUACGGCACUCACUGUGCCGCUGGGUUAUAGUUUUGGUUGUUAAUUGCCGUUGGCUGCGUGGUGUGUGCGUUGCCGUUGCUGCUCCUACCGCUGCUACUGCGGCUGCUUGUACCUUUUACCUCUCUAUCUCUAUUCAUGCAUAUUCUUUUGUAACCACGUUGCAGGAAUUGGCGCAAGCUCUCUCAUGUUACAUGAUCAUAUGUUGGUGCUUCUCCGUGAACUGUUCCGCAAUAAAUGCAUACAAGCAAUUAU